AUGGAAGGUCUUUCAUCCCCUGUUUGGAUUAGGAUGCCCAACCUUCCACUCCAAUAUUGGGACGAGUCCAAUAUCUCCCGAAUUGCCUCUCGGAUUGGCUUGCCUCUCUGGAUUGAUACCCAAACCGGUAAUUGGGUACGGCGCGAGUACGCGCGGGUUGAAUAUGAAGGUAUUGGCCUAAUGUGCUAUGGCUGUGGGAGGGUGGGUCACCGCAGGGACUCAUGCCCUUUCAAGAGUGUUGCUCAGGCUCCCUCCACUUCCGAGAAGCCGUCGAGGCCGGAAGGAAGUUUCGAAAAGGGAGAAAGCAGCAAGGCUGGUGGGUCAAGGAGCAAUUUGGCCAAGCGUGAUCAGGGUCAACAAGGAAGUUUGGAGACCGUUCGUGAAAAAAUGAUUGUCCCUCCUAACGAGACGGUUAUCCUGGAGCGGGACACUAGGAGUGCCUCCCUGGAGGGCAGAGGAGGAGGGCGUGAUGAAAUGAUGAAUAAAGCUCCAACGGAGGAAGACCUUGUGGGUCCUUGGAUCCAAGUCCCCCCUCGUAGACGUAAGGGGGGCAAACCGUUGAUAAGGAGCACAACGAGUAGUCAAAAAAAAACCUUUGGGAAAGACCCCAAGGCAGGUGGAUCUGAAGGCAGUCAAGGAGCCACCUAUUGGGAACAAACCUACUAG